UUAUAAUCAAGUCGUGCUCAACUAGAUGUACCACCAAAGGCUUUACCCCUGUAAUAUAUCAUCUUUCUGAUGCCCACUAUCCAUCCAAAAAGCUCGACACUUCAACUUUCUAUCUCUUAGCCAUGGAGUCCCGACCCCAACACAACACAACCGGUGAGCCACCAUGCACCAAACCAUCUUGUUUCUUUUGUACCAUGAUCAAUGAGCCAGACCCAUCACUUAGAAGAGUUAAAAUCUCCAAAUUCUUUAAAGAAAUGCCUCUCAGAGACGACCAAGAACACAUUCUCGCCCUAAGUGGGCUCUGGAGGAUCGCCAUGACUCAAACGGAUGACCCAGAAUUCCCAUCGCUCGGCAUCUUUGAGUGCAUGGCAAAACUAAUCCGCAAAAGCACCAAUGACCGAGAUUGGCUCCUCAAGGGCCAGAACAUCUAUAUCCCUUACUAUGCAGCGCAUAUCGUCGGCUCCUAUACCAUGAGCAAAGUUCAAUUUGCAGAGAAAGCAGUUAAAUCAGGCGUGAUAUUGCCAUUAAUGGAGCUUUUGAGAGGUAAGAUUAGUUGGGUCGAGCAAAGAGUCGCGGUUCGAGCGCUUAGUCACUUGGCCAGCCAUGACAGAACUUUUGAAGCUAUUUCUGUGCAUGAAACGGAGAUCAUAGAAUUAGCCAUGAAGAUAGCCUCCACAUGCCUCGACGAGGUCUAUGAUAAGUUCGUUGGUGCGAGAGAUUCAAAGAGAUUGAAGUACCACAGUGAGCUGCUGACAAGAGGGCUUGGAGUGUUGGAGAUUGAGAACAGGAAGGCAGAGGAAUGGGCUAGCCAGCUUCAAUGCUGGUCUCUCUAUCUUCUAAACUGCUUUGCAUGCAAAGAAAGAUCCCUCAGUUUAAUCUGCGAUGAAAAAUUCUUGCUGGGUUUGUGUGGAAUGUGGGGUGGUUUAGCAUAUCGGACCUCGCCUGCUGGGAUAGGACUCAUUAGAACUCUUUGCGAGACAAAAACUGGAAGAAGAAGUGUAGCAGGCUUGAAAGAAAUCAUGCAGAGUCUUUGCAGCCUUUCAAGAUCCUCGGAUGACUGGCAGUACACGGCCAUGGAUUGUCUUUUGCUAAUUCUUAAAGACCCAGACACAAGAUAUAACGUUAUGGAUAUUGCAGCUCCGGUUCUUGUUGAUUUGGUCGAACUUGGAGGUAUUGGAGGAAGAUCAAAGGUAGGAGAUACAAUCACACAGACAAUCCUAAAAGAUUACCACAUGAUCAAAUAUGGAAAUUUGAAGUUGAAGAGCAAAAGAGCUGAGCAAGCAUUAGGAGAAAUAUGGGACUUGAAGGUUGAAAGGAAAAAGAGAGAGAAGCUAAUGUCUAAACAAGAAGUUAGGGAGAGAAAGCUCUUGGCGUGUAAGCUUAAAAAGGACGGAAAUCAAAGGUUUUGGUCGGGGGAUAUUGAAAAGGCUGUUAUGAAAUACUCGGAGGCUUUGAAUUCGUGCCCACUAAGGAUGAGAAAAGAGAGAGUUGUUCUUUACAGCAAUAGAGCUCAAUGUCAUUUGCUGCUGAGGAACCCAGAAGCUGCCAUUAGUGACGCAACUCGAGCUCUCUGUCUAUCCAGUGCGGCGAAUCCUCACGGUAAGAGCCUGUGGAGGAGAUCACAGGCUUAUGACAUGGAAGGAUUGGCUAAAGAGAGCUUGAUGGACUGCUUAGCGUUUGUCAGCGGCUGCUUGAAUUCUGAGAGCUCCAACAAGCGUACAAAGGUCCCGUACUAUGCGGCACGUAUGAUUAACAAGCAGAUGAAUGCCACGUGGAUUUUUGCUUCUGCCAAGUUGAGUAGUUAUAACAAACAUGAAGGAAAAGUAGAAGAAUCCGACGACCACCAUCGAGUUGACCAUGUGAUAAAGAUGAUGAAGAUGAAGAGGAAGGAGAAGGGCGGCGGCCUUGAUAUACCCACCAUUGUGGAAGAGGAGCAUUCGGUUGAUGAGAGAUGGAAAAGAAAGCUAGAGAGGCCAGGAGGGAAGAAGAUGACGGCGUUGAUGGAGAUGGACACAUUUCAAAACGGCUCAGUGCAUCAGAAAUUAGGGAGGAAAAGAACAUUCUGACACUGAGUUCCUGGCUCUACAGGACUUUUUGACAUUAUGUAUGCAAAUUUCUAAGCCUCCUUCACACUACCACUUCUAUGCCACCUCAGUUUAAUGGGGGGCACAUUCUGACCGACUUAUGAAAAGUUUAAUGGGUCCACGCCGGCUUAACUAGAAGGGUUAGAACCUCAACCAAUAACCGGAUCGCCGGUUUGUCCAAAUUAUUAUACUAAUAUAAUACACCAGCUUGUGAAUCCUGGUGAUUAGAACUUGAAAA